AUGAGGCUGUCAGCCCUCCUUCGCCCUCAGUGCUAUCGCCAUCGACAGUAUGGCUGUUAUCUUCGAUCGGCAUCAUACAAGUAUGCCGAGGUCAGAUGGUACGCGCCAGGUGCGUUAAUACGAUACAACUCGACAGCAGCAACGACGACGUCGAAGACGUCAACAACUGACUCUAUUGUCGAAACUCUUGAACAAGGACAUAUCUCUGUAGGGCCCGAUGAGGAGCUCUUGUUUAUUAAUAACAUACUCCCUCUCAGGCUCCAAUGGCUCUAUAGACUGCUUUGGAUCGGAGAUUCUCACGCCGUCGAUCAAGUCUUAAAACACGUCGACAAACCCUCCUACGCUGCAGCAGACCACUGGGCGAUCGUGAGACGAGCAUUACCGCCGGAUCUACACAUCGACGUCAAACAGGUCAUACCUCGACUCAGUGAGGGCGGAUUGUUUAUCAAAUACUCACUUGCCGAUGGGGAAAAGAGGACAAAAGGGGAAAUAGCAACCGCCGUUGAUAAAUACCUAAAGGAACAUCCUAUCCGUCCAUGGUUCAAUCCGUUCGAUCGUGUUGGAGUCGGGCGUGUUUUGGGCAAGCCAUGGAUUGAGGAUAUGUACCACUUCCCCAGCCCAAAGCUGAAAGUUGAAUUUCUGCCGUCGUCAUCAAAUGCCACCCCAGCGGAAUUGACUCCAGAGGCAUUGUACUCUCUCUUUCGCAGAUACGGCAAGAUCAAGGAUAUUGAGCGACAGCCGCCCGAUUCGAAGGUUCUUCCCAAGUAUGCAAUUGUCGAGUUUACUAGGGCCAAAUAUGCAAUCCUGGCCCGGAGCUGCACUCACGGUGUUACCAUACCAGAAACUGUCAGCGGCGAUGGCGUUGGAGGAUCGGUACUAAGGAUAACUUACGAACGCAAGAUCAAAGCUCAUUGGAUCAGGGAUUGGCUGUUCAAUCAUCCCCGAAUUGUGAUUCCUGCAGUUGCAGCAUUGAUUGCGGGGAUCACAGUCAUUAUAUUCGAUCCUAUCCGCACAUUCUUCAUCAAGAUGAAAGUCAAAUACCUGCUCAAUGCGGAAGAUCAGCCGUUGUGGUCGUGGAUUCGAAAAGAGGUUCGCAGAGCCAACAUUUUAUCAUUUAAGAGGGGGAACGAAAAGAACGUGCUCCGAGCCUUGUCGGAUGACCGGAAAGAAGAGAUUAACCAGCUACAAUCAUGGCUGGGCGAGAAUGGGAAUACAUUCAUCGUUGUCCAGGGGCCUCACGGGUCCGGAAAGAGAGAGAUUGUUAUGGACCAGGCACUAAAAGAUCGAAAACACAAGCUAGUUAUCGAUUGCAAGCAAAUUCAGGACGCGAGAGGCGAUGCAGCUACGAUUUCUGUUGCGGCUCAGCAAGUAGGUUACCGACCGGUUUUCUCAUGGAUGAAUAGUUUCAGCAGCUUCAUUGAUUUGGCUUCUCAAGGUAUCAUUGGUACCAAAGCUGGGUUUUCCGAGACCUUAGACUCUCAGUUGAGUAAGAUAUGGACAAAUACUGCUACAGCUUUGAGACAGAUUGCGCUUGAGACGAAAAAGAAGGAAAAUAGCACCAUGUCGGACGACGACUACCUAGAGGCGCACCCCGAGAAGAGACCAGUCGUUGUAAUCGACAAUUUCUUACACGGAGGUCGCGAGAGUAAUAUAAUCGAUGAUAAACUAGCAGAAUGGGCCGCUGCUCUUGUUACUGGCAAUAUCGCACAUGUCGUCUUCCUUACUCCAGAUGCCUCGUAUUCCAAAACGCUCAGCAAAGCACUUCCAACUCAGGUCUUUCGCUCAAUUUCAUUAGGUGAUUGCUCAUUGGAAAUUGGCAGAAACUUCAUUAUUCGAUAUUUGCAGAACCACGAUGAGGAGGACAGCGAUGGUGAUGAGUCACCUUCGCCGAAGAAGAGCACACCACCACAAGGCUUGGAAGAUUUGGAUAGGUGUAUUGAGAUUGUUGGUGGUCGUUUGACGGACUUGGAGUUCAUGGCGCAUAGAAUCAAAUCUGGCGAGAGUCCAAAGAGCGCUGUCAAACACAUAAUCGAGCAAGCAGCUACUGAAAUUGUCAAGGCCUACGUUCUCGAAGAUAAUACCACCCACGACAACGACUCCCCGACCUGGACACGCGAACAAGCAUGGUAUCUCAUCAAGAGCAUCGCUGAAGACCGAAACGGCACAGUUCCUUACAGCACCAUCAUUGUUUCAGAUUUGUUCAGCGGAACAGACGGUGAAAAGACUCUAGCUGCGCUCGAACAACGUGAACUCAUCAGCGUAGUAAACGUACACGGUCGUCCCGCAUCAAUCAAACCAGGCCGUCCUAUCUUCCACGCCGCAUUCAAAUACCUCACACAAGACGAUAUAUUAAGACACAGAUUAGAUCUGGGUAUAGUACGUGAACUUAUCAACAGAGAGAACGAAAAGAUCGCCAAAUAUGAGACUGAAUUGAAACUGUUCAACGAUUGGAAGAAAUAUGAAAAAUAUCCGCAUGGUUUAAGAUCGAGGAUGGAGUGGCUGGCAGACAGUGUACUAGAUUCCCAUUGGAAGGUGCGCGACCUUCAGAGGCAGAGUAGGGAUUUGAUCAUGUUUUUGAAGACGGCGGAGUAGAUUGUUUCCCCCGAAUUUGUAUAUUAAGGCAUACUUGGACAAUCUCAGAUUUUGUAUGAACGCAUUGGACUCAUGAAUAUAGUCAAGUUUCAUUU